AUGUCUCUAGCUACUUCCAUUGAGAAGUUAUUCAAGUUGCAACCAACUGCAUUGUCCUAUGAAAUGGAUAGUAGUUGGUUACUAAUUACAGGUUAUGGACUAUGCUGCUUCCGAAUAUAACCAUGACAGUUGCCUACAGGCCUCCAGAGACUUGUUUUCUGGAAAACCAGUUUUCAGAAGCUCUAUAAAAUAUUCAAAGUCUGUCUUAAUAAGGCAUAAUUAUAGUUCGUACAUUUCUGAUUAAAAUCUGACAUCUCCCAGCCCUACCAUUAGAAAAUUAUGUACUUUUGCCGCGCAUCACCAAAUUUGAUGAAAUUAAGGGAAUAUAUACAGAAUUUCAUGGCGAAUCCGACAGCGGGGUUCCUAUAAUUAUACUUUGAGUUUUUGCUGGGG